AUGUCUGAAAAGCUGAAGGAGUUCACGGAGAUCCCUCAGGAGUUCGUACGAGAUGGCAAGCAGUUCCUCACUCGAUGCACGAAGCCUUCACAAAAAGAGUUCCUCCAAAUCUGCAAGGCUGUGUCUAUUGGCUUUGCAGUAAUGGGGUUCAUCGGCUACUUCGUGAAACUCAUUCACAUUCCCAUCAACAACAUCCUUGUGGGUGGUGCAUGA